AUGAUGACGUGCCGUCUGCUGUGCGCCCUGUUGGUGCUCGCCCUGUGCUGCUGCCCGUGCGUCUGCGGGACAGCAAGUGGUGAGGCUCAAGUUUCAACCACCGGCCAUCUACCCCCACUGCCACAGGGGCAAACUCGGGAGACCAUGUCUUCUGGUUCAAAAGCCCCUACACCCCCCAAGGCGAAUACUUCCGAUGAGGUGGAUCUGCCAGUUACGGUAGAUGCGGAAGGGGGGUCAGAUGUAUCGUCCACUACACAGGAUGGAAUAAUUCUGCCUGGUAAACCAGGGUCAGACGGUGGGAUCAAAAGUCAGCCAGGGUUAAUAGAUAAUCCCGAACAGUCAGUUGUAAAGAGUCAGGCGCAGGAAACAGGAGAGUCAAAAGGUAAUAAAGAUUUUACGGUAAAGACAAACACUACGACGAAUACGACACCAAUUACAACUACAACUACGACCACGACGACCACCACCGCCGCGCCCGAGGCACCAAGUACUACGACUACAGAGGCACCAACCACGACGACCACCCGCGCACCGUCGCGUCUUCGCGAAAUCGACGGCAGCCUCAGCAGCUCUGCGUGGGUGUGUGCCUCGCUGCUGCUCGCCGCAUCCGCGCUGGCGUACACCACUCUGGGCUGA